CACGUAACGCGGCGUCCUCGAACCAGCCAAUGGGAGCGCGGCGUUUCUUUGGGGCGGGGACACGGCUAUAUUUUCUCACAGUUGAACGCCAGCGCGCCGCGGGUCGCUGGGAGCUACGCCGGCUUGCGGCUCUGUUCGAAAAUGACUUCGAAGUGUCCCAGAUGUGAAAAGGAUGUAUUUUUUGCUGAGAAAGUGAGCUCUUUGGGGAAAAACUGGCAUCGAUUCUGCCUGAAAUGUGAGCGCUGUAACAAGACGCUCUCUGCUGGGGGACACGCCGAGCACAACGGAACCCCCUACUGUCACAAACCGUGCUAUGCGACACUCUUUGGGCCUAAAGGUGUCAACAUCGGUGGGGCAGGGUCCUACAUUUAUGACACCCCUCCAAACACCCCAUUGGACCAAUCACUGGACAGCUCUUCUGACAUCUCCCCCACCACCCCCUGGAGCUCCGCCCAGACCAGCAAAACUGAAAAGAGAGUUUCCCCUACCUGCAUGAAGUCUUUGGCAGAGGAGAGGUCAUGCUGUCCUGGUUGUGGAAAGGUUGUGUACUUUGCGGAGAAAGUGUCGUCUCUGGGCCGAAACUGGCACCGGCCAUGUCUCCGCUGUGAAAGGUGUAAGAAGACGCUGACCCCUGGUGGACAUGCUGAGCAUGAUGGAAAGCCUUUCUGCCAUGUACCAUGCUACGGAUACUUGUUUGGGCCAAAAGGGGUGAACAUUGGAGAUGUUGGCUGCUAUGUCUAUGAAAGAGACAAAGAAGAAGCUGCAGUCACAGACCAUUGAGUCGGGUUAUGCAUAAUAAUAUCCAUCACCAUAUUAUCUGCUCAUGUUUCGUGAAUGCUAAUGCUAAUGCUAAGUGUACCUUUUCAAAAAAAAAAAAAUUCUUUAGCUUAAUUUGCACACUUGAUGUAUAGGAUUGUUGCUUUUGUUUGAGAUAAUAAAAUAUACAUUGUAUCAAUUUC